GAAGCGCGUGGGGGGAUGCAGCGUGGUGCUGGUGGCGGCAGCGGGGUAAAAUCAGCUUUUUCAGCCAGCUUUUCCUCCGCCCCUCGCGGGGAAGGGAAAAUCAACGCUAAGCCGAGGGAAUGGGGUGCCGGUACCGGCGCCGCGGCAGCGCUCCCCGGGGACGGGACGGUGCGGGGAGGGCGGCAGGCGCCCGAAAGGCGCCCGCACCGUCCCGUGCCCGUGGUGGGGGCACCUCGGACUGCGGCCACCCUCCGCCGGGAGGUGGCAGCUCGCUGCGGCGGCAGCCCUGCCUCCGCGGCCACGCACCCCACCCGCUCCCGCCCCCGGGUCCCCGGGGGUGCCGGGAACAUCGUUCCCCGUCAUUGGGGCAGGAGGCGGGGCCCGCGCCGUAUAAGAAGGGACCGAGCGGGCGUUUCACUCCCAGGUCCUGAGACGCCUUGUCCCAUCCCCGCCUCCUACCGCUGCUCACGGCGUGACCCGAGCCCGGAUCGGCCCCCUCGGGGAGGCGACGGCGGGGCUACAGCGGCAGCGCCGGUGCCACCGAGCAGUAGCAGCGGCAGUAGUGUGAGCAGCGGCAGCGGCAGGAGCAGCAGUCCCGCUCCCACCUGCCCGUGCCAGAGGCUGGAGCUGCGCCCGUCGCGGAGCGGCGUUUGGUGCCCGCGCCCCGGAGCCCCCGCGCCGCGGCCGUGCGGCGCCGCGUCCCGCUCGCCGAUGAGCGCCGCCGCUCUCUACAGCCUGGACUCCCCGGCAUGUUAUAAGAGCUGGUGCCUGGAGCCCGCCAACUUCUACGACGCCAAGGUGGGCAGCGGCGGCGGGCCGGGUCCCGCCUGCAAGCCGGGGUCCCGCGGCGGCUGCGGGAUGAGCGGCGAGGAGGCGGGGGGCGGCCUGGGGGGCACCGGCACCAACCUGGCGGAGCUGAGCGCCGCCGCUCCGGCCAUGUACGAGGACGAGAGCGCCAUCGACUUCAGCUCCUACAUUGACUCCAUGUCUGCCGUGCCCAACCUGGAGCUCUGCAACGACGAGCUCUUCGCCGACCUCUUCAACAGCAACCACAAGCCCGAGCGGGGCGGGGAAUACGGCGAGUACUUGCCACCGGGCGGCGGCGCCGGCCGCGACCCCGCCAAGGACCUCGGCGCUGCCAUGACCACCCUGCUGGGCUCCGAGCCCCGCACCGCCUCCUCCUCCUCCUCCUCCUCUUCCUCCUCCUCCUUCUCCUCCCGCGGCGCUCUGAAGCAGGAGCCGGACUGGAGCGACAGCGACCUCUCCUCCUCGCUGCUGCCCUCGCAAAUCGCCACCUGCGCCCAGACCAUCAUGAACCUGAGCGGGCAGCCCACGCCGCCCACGUCCCCCGAGCCGCCGGGCAGCAGCUCCCCCUCCAGCUGCAGCACCCGCUCGCCGGGCCCCGCCGCCGCCGCCGCCGCCGCCGUGCCCGGGCCGGCGCAGGGAGUCCCGCCGCCGGCCGCCGCCGCCGGGGGCAAGGAGCGGGGCGGCAAGAAGUGCGUGGACAGGUUUAGCCCCGAGUACCGGCAGCGCCGGGAGCGCAACAACAUCGCCGUGCGCAAGAGCCGCGACAAGGCGAAGCGGCGCAACCAGGAGAUGCAGCAGAAGCUGCUGGAGCUUUCGGCCGAGAACGAGAAGCUGCACAAGAAGAUCGAGCAGCUCACCCGGGACUUGACCAGCCUCCGGCAUUUCUUCAAGCAGCUGCCCAGCGCUUCUUUCCUGCAGCCCGGCUCGGGCACGGACUGCCGGUAACCGGGGGGGAGCGGGACGGAGAGACGGACUCCGGGAGACGGUGGAUAAAUACCUCAGAGGGCCGUGCCGAGCCCUGCCGGGCCGUGCCGCGGCGCCCCGGGCCGGGCCGGGCGCGGCAUGAGGCGCGGAGCCGCGGCGGGACCUGCCGGCCCGCGGCCGCGCUCGGAAUGCGGCAGCGACGUGGAGCGAUGCCUGGGUCUUUCACCACGAAACUUGCGAAAAAGGGAAAAAAAGCUAAAUAUAUUAUUUUUUUUUCUUCUCUCCCCUUAAAUUAUUUUUGUAAUGGUAGUUUUCGUCUUUUCUACAUUUUACUCAUACCGAUGCAGCUAUGGUACAUCUGUUAAAGUGAUUCAAAAUCCCAUGUAUUUUAGACAGUAGGAUGGAAAAAAAAAAAAAAGACUGAGCAUGCUCAACCUUUUAUAUCAAUUUUUACAGCAUUUCUAAGAAUAAAGAAAAGCAUUUUAAAUCCA